AUGACUCGCACGCCGAGUCGAGUUGAUCAUGGUGCUGGGGAUGUCCAGGGCCGCAUUGACACGCUAAAGCGGCUGACAGUGUCGUCCGAGGCCGAGCGUCUUCGGCUGGGGUUCCGCCAAAAGCCAGGUCCGGCGAGGCAGGCCUCCUCGGCAGGGCCGAUUCCUUCUCGGCCGUUGGACUUGGAAUCACUGGACCUGGAAACUGAUCACCGAGCAGAGCGAGCAGAACCUUCGCCGGCAGCUCACAAACUCGCGACGGCUGCCUCGGCAAAGCUGCGUGCCGCCCUUCUAUUCGAGGAGUCCGAGGCAGCUGAAGUUCGCAACUUCCUCGUCGACAGUGGCUUGCACUCGUAUGCCGAUGCCUUCAUCGCGAACGGCUUCGACUGCAUGGAUGUUGUACAGGAGAUGGAAGAACGACAUAUGCGAGAGUUGGGCAUGAAGAAUGGCCACAUGAUCAAGCUGAAGUUGCGUCUUGCAUCCCGAGCCUCAUCCAGUCAACAUGCGCUGGUAAUCAAGCCAGGCAUGGUCGCAGAGGCAAUGCAGGAAAUUGCCCGAAGUGCAACUCCACAGUCACAAAAGCUUGAGGCGCCAGGCCUGAUGCCGGCUUCCCCAAUGCAGCCGCUGCAGCCUAGCCGGCUGGUGGAAGAGGCAUCUUCGUGCCUCCUGCAUGGCGAGCUGGAUGAAGCUGCAGAGGCUGCUGCUUUCCGGGAGGCGGUGGAGGCCUGGCGCCAUGGCCGGGCAGAGAGCCAGGCCGGUGCCGCGGUCAUUCGGAUGCCCGUGCAGGAAGUGUCGCCCAGUCACAGCCCGGCCACCUCCAAGAGGUGCUGCUAUCAAUGCUAUCGACAGUUCCUUGUUCCCGUCGAUGAUGCCUCGCCGCAGGGGGGCUCGAGUCCUUCCUUUUGCUCGGAGACAUGUGCCGAAAGCGCCCAAGAUGCUCAAAGACGGAAAGAAGAAGCCAAACAAAAGAAGUUUGCAGAAUUGCAGCAGCAAGCCUGA